GGGGCCUUGGCUGCGCGGUCCCGGUGCAGGGCGGGAGGCGGCAGCGGCGGGGCCAUGGCCUGGUCCCGGUACCAGCUGGGGCUGGCUGCCCUCAUGCUGCUCACCGGCUCCAUCAACACCCUGGCGGCCAAGUGGGCUGAUAACUUCAGCGCUGCUGGCUGCAGUGGGAAGGAGGAGCACAGCUUUCAGCACCCCUUCCUGCAGGCCGUGGGCAUGUUCCUGGGUGAAUUUUCCUGCCUGGGGGUGUUUUACCUGCUGGUCUGGAGGGAUCGGCGAAGGCCAGAGCCCAGCAUGGCACCAUCGCAGCCCUUCAGUCCCCUGCUCUUCCUGCCUCCCGCUCUCUGUGACAUGACAGGCACCAGCAUCAUGUACGUGGCCUUGAACAUGACCAGCGCCUCCAGCUUCCAGAUGCUGCGAGGAUCUGUCAUCAUCUUCACCGGACUCCUCUCCGUGGCCUUCCUGGGCCGCAAACUGGAGCUGAGCCAGUGGCUGGGCAUCCUGGUCACCAUCGUGGGGCUGGUGGUGGUGGGGUUGGCUGACCUGCACAGCUCCCAUGGCCAGAAACACAACCUCAGCCAGGUGAUAACUGGCGACCUGCUUAUCAUCAUGGCACAGGUGAUUGUUGCCAUCCAGAUGGUGCUGGAGGAGAAGUUUGUCUACAAGCACGACGUGCACCCGCUGCGGGCCGUUGGCACUGAAGGUUUCUUCGGCUUCAUCAUCCUGGCCCUGUUGCUGGUGCCCAUGUACUACAUCCCAGCAGGCAGCUUCAGCGGGAACCCUCGGCGGACACUGGAAGAUGCCCUUGACGCCUUCUGCCAGAUCGGCCACCAGCCCCUUAUUGCCCUGGCCCUUCUGGGUAACAUCAGCAGCAUCGCCUUCUUCAACUUCGCUGGCAUCAGCGUCACCAAGGAGAUCAGUGCCACCACCCGCAUGGUGCUGGACAGCCUCCGCACCCUCGUCAUCUGGGCUGUCAGCCUGGCUGUGGGCUGGGAGACCUUCCAUGGCCUGGAGAUCUUGGGGUUUGGGGUGCUGCUGGUGGGGGCUGCUCUUUAUAACGGCCUGCACCGGCCCCUGCUUGUCUGCCUGCCCCAGCACACGGAUGAGGCUGGCUCGGCAGCUGAACGGGAAGGUUUGCUGCGGGGGGAGAGCACAGCUAUCAACAGCGAGAGCUGAGCACCCACUGCCUGUGUCCGGUUUGGUCCUGGGGUUCAUUGUCCCAGAUGUUCUCAUCAGGAGGGGACUGGCAUGGUGGUGAUGAUGCCAGCCACCGUCCUGCUGCUGUUUGCAGGAGAAACCUCUGCCCUGUCAGUGCUCCAGGAGGAGAUGGUGAGGCUGUGCCUGCCCCUCAUAGUGAGAAGCAGGUCCUGGGCCCCUGUGUGGGGCACGUUGGAGCCUCUGCCCCUGAUCCCAAGAGGCUUGGGAGGUUGGGGAGGAGGGGCUGGCCCCACUGUUUCCCCAGCCUGCCUCUCCCCCUAAUAAAGUGCAGCACCUGUG